AUGUUCAGACUGUUCACCAUCGUUCUGGCCAGCGCAGCCAUCGCGGCUGCCACGCACACGGUCCAAGUUACCGUCACUAAUGACCGGACCAAGUACCAUGGCGACAUUUGGAACACCACCGUCGACGUUCCCACUCCCGGCAUGUCUAACGAGCUGGGCUUGAAAGACGCGAAAACGCUUUACGUGACGGGAGCGAAAGGCCUCAACGUCGAGAAGAUUGUGUGCUCUCCUUUUUGGCUGAACAAUACCGGCAUCAUGCGUGGCGACAACUUCACGAUUGAAAAGCCGGCAUUGGCUCCAAAAGGAAGUCUCGGACUCCAUUUGUUGGAAUGUAUGACUCUGGAACAAUCUUGUGGAGAGUUCAACGCGGCUGAAUCAUACGCGCGAACUCCAAUCUUGAAGCCAGGAGAGCAUGGCCCGCCAUGGCCGGACUGCUUGAAAUUAGUUUCAGUAGAUGCUGGCAAACCUAUACGUAAGUCCUCCGGUCCACUUCUGGAACGCCAGCUCAUCUGACAACUCUGCAGCAUGUGACUGCUUCAACCAAGGCGCUUUCCUGGACAACUACCUCGAUCUCGAUAACGUCGCUCAAGAUGCCAUUCACGCCGCAUGCGACUACUUCGGCACAGCCACCAUUGGCACCGACACCGAUAUGGUAUAUUGGUACCACUAUUACGGCCAGCAAGAGGGCUAUGUCCUCCUCCACGUCUACUGGCACGGUCAAAAUGGCAAUGAGUGCAACACAAAUGCCGGCAAUGCAAAUUACAUGGACCUAUUCCGCAGUACUUGCUACGACUCUUUCUGGGGAUUGUUCCACAACCAGAACAGUACUGGCCAUACGAAUCCGCUCGAGGACGUUUACGGAUGGUAAGUUCAGUGGCACUUAAAAUGAGAGCGUUCUUGACGUGCUGACACUUUACCCAGCGCACCGCCUGAUGUUCUCGGCAUGCAGCCCCCUGGUGGAAAGGGAGGAUGGGGGACUGAUGAGUGUCUUGUGUGGGAGAUCGAUCCGGCUCCGAGCGUGAACAACCCUGAGUUCAAGAUCGGUUGCAAUAUGGAUCCUUCGAGCAGCAAUGCGUGUUGA